AUCUGAAAAGAGAGGGCUUUGGUCAACCAAUAUUUGCAGACAGAAAGAUUUUUCAGCUUCGUCCUGUUUGACUUCAAGAAGACAUUCAAAGCUGGACAAUGGAGUUACAUGCAAGAAUUUUCUGUCUUCUUUUGUGUUUUAAGACAUAUGGGUCUUCAAACGCUGCAGAAGUAACUUGUCAGAUUAAGACAACCAGUUAUGGAAUAGAAAGUACUGAACCAGAGGGAAAAACAAUUUUCAGAGCUGGAGAAAAGUAAAAAUUACUUGCUCUGAAAAAUACUGGAUAUUUGGCAUAAAAGAAACCACAAAAUCAUUUACAUGCCGAGAUAAUGGGAAAUGGGAUGAUGAGCCUACUUGUUUGGAUAUUAGAUGUGAAGUUCCACGUGACAGGCGCGUUUAUGAUCCACAAUAUUACUUUAGAGACUCAAAAUUGGAUGCAGAAAUAUUUUACUAUUGUAAUUCUGGAUAUAAUAAAAUGGCACAGAAAGCCAAAUGUACACGAGACGGCUGGAAACCAGAUCCACUGUGUGCUGAACUUAAGUGUGAAGCACCAAAAAUCCCAAAUGCAAAGAUUGAGGGAGGUCAGAGACAAAACUACGAAGUCAAUUCAAGAAUAGGAUAUAAAUGUAACUCUGGAUUUGAACCAGAGAAGCGUGUAGAAAUCACCUGUACUUCACAGGGCCAAUGGACAGGCAUACAGCACUGCACUGCAAAGGAAGUAUCUUGCAAUUUUCCAUCCUUGAAAAACGGGUUCACAUACAUAAAUGAGGGAAACAUCUACUACUCAUGUGAUAGAGGUUAUAAACCAUUCAGUGGCAACUGCUGGGAAUCAGUGACAUGCAAUGAAUCUAAUGAGCCACAGUGUAUCAGGGAGGAAGAAUGUGGUGCUUUCCCAAGUGUUGUACAUGGAAAAAUGAAGCAAACAAAAGGAACCUUUCUUAAUGGAGAAUCUGCAGAAUUUGAAUGCGAUCCAGGCUUUAAAUCAACACAUAGCUCGAUUAAAUGUGUCAUGGGUAAAUGGGAGACAGCAACCUGUGAGGAGGAUGUGCAUUGUGACAUUCCACCAAAAGUGGAAAAUUCAGUCAUGAUUUCUGACCCUCAGAAAUUUUAUCCUGAAGGAUCUUCUGUAACAUAUAAAUGUCGAAACUUAUUCACAAUGAGGGGGAAUCGGGAAGUUUUUUGCCACAAUGCAUCUUGGGGAGGAGCACCGAAAUGUGAAGCUUUCUGUUCAAAACCUCUUCGGAUAGUAAACAAUGCCAUACUGGUAGAUGAAAACCAAGACAAAAGAGAAUAUUCACAUGGAGAUACAGUACGCUUUGAGUGUGUUGAGGGGUUUGAGUCGAGGGAGACAACUGCUAAAUGUGAAGUAAAAACCUGGAUUUACCCGAAAUGUAUUAAAAAAGCUUUGUGUUCCAAACCAACAAAGUACAUGACGUUUGUGACACUGUUAAAUGAGAAAAAUGUGUACAACAACUUUGAAAAGGUGUCAUACAAGUGCAAUAGUCCAUAUGAUAAAAUCCCAGAGGGUACUUGGAUGUGUGAAGAUAAAGAGUGGCAUGGAGAUUUUGUCUGCACAAGUAAGAUCUGUCCACCGCCACCUCAUCUUGAACAUGGAGACUUUAAUGUAUAUAGAAAGAAUGGUGACGUAAUUACACAGGUGUAUUAUACUUGCAAAAGAGACUAUGUGCUAGACAAACAACAGGAAUAUUAUACGUGUCAGAAUGGGAGAUGGGAGACCCCUCCAAAGUGUCUGGAGCCCUGUGAAAUUACACCUGACAUUACUGAGAAGUACAAUGUUCAACCCCCCCAAUAUAAGGUCUUUGUUAAACAUGGUGACAUGAAAUGGCUUAAUUGCAAGUAUGGAUGGAAUGUUGGAGGUUUGGGGAGAUCUGAAUAUCUGGACGUGUCGUGUUCUAAUGGAGAGAUCAAAUCUGACAAAACUUGCAAGACAAAAAAUAUAUUUUGAUUGAAAAGAAACUGGAGUGGAAACACUGAGAUCUGAAGAUCGCUCUGAUGUAUCCAGAGCAUGAAGAUGGACACACACACACACACACACACACACACACACACACACACACACACACACAUGCUUGCUAAUGCUUCUAUUAACAUGCUAAUGGGCUAACUGCAGUUUAGUAUCCUUUUACAUUAUUUUGUUGUUUUAUUUACACAUACACUGAAAACAAAAUGUGAACCUAAAAAUGUGCUUCAUGUUGUAACAUCUAAAUAAACUGGUUUGAAUCAAGUCAAUCAUAUUAUUUAACGUCACUUAUAUAUGAAAGUGGUGUAGUAGUGACUGAAGAGGAGGGCAUUUAUUGAGGACCCCCCCUAAAAAAAUGACAUGUGCACACCUGGUCUCAAAAUGUCAUAUAUUCACACUUAUAUAAAAUAAUAUUUUUCACUGCAUAAAUAAAUAAUAAUAAUAGCAAUA